AUGCGGCCGGGUUCCCCCCCGGCGCAGCGGGACAGCGGCCAGGGCCGGGGGCGCAGCGGCAUCGCUUCAUGCAGCCGGGGCGGCUGGGCAGCGGCGGCGGCGGCGGCGGCGGCAGCGGUGGCGAGGGCGGCGGCAGGGGGCCACCUCAGCCUCUGUGGAGCCAACAGGAGCCCCGACCCGUUUCCAGAGCGGGCUGGGUGGUCCGCACCUCCUCCGCCUCCGCCUCCGCCUCUCGCCGCGCCGCCGCCGCCCGGCGCCUCGGUUAAGGGCACGCCGGCGCGCAAGCUGCUUUUCAUGUGCACCUUGUCCCUGUCCGUCACCUACCUGUGCUACAGCCUCCUGGGCGGCUCGGGCUCUCUGCAAUUCCCCCUGGCGCUGCAGGAGCCGCCGGCCGCCGCCGCCGAGCCCCCGCCAAGCCCGCCGCCACCCUCGCUGCUGCCUCCCCCCGUGCGCCUCGGCGCCCCCUCGCAGCCGCCAGCGCCGCCGCCGCCGGACAGCGCGAGCCGCGGGGAGCCGCCCGAGCCCCCCGAGCAGCCUUCCGCCCCCGGGGCCGACGGCUGGGGGCUGGCGAGCGGCGGCGGGGGCGCCCGGGACGCCUGGCUCCGGACCCCGCUGGCCUCUGGCGAGAUGGUCACGGCGCAGAGCGCGCUGCUGGAGAGGGAAGCGCAGGAGUCCAGCACCACAGACGAGGAGCUCGCAGGCCGGAGGGCGGCCAACGGGAGCAGCGUGAGGGGCGGCGCCGUCAGCACCCCCGACUACGGAGAGAAGAAGCUGCCACAGGCGCUUAUCAUCGGGGUCAAGAAAGGAGGGACCCGCGCGCUGCUGGAGGCGAUCCGAGUGCACCCGGACGUGCGGGCGGUGGGCGUAGAGCCGCACUUCUUCGACAGGAACUAUGAAAAGGGACUGGAAUGGUACAGAAAUGUGAUGCCUAAGACUUUGGAUGGGCAGUUAACCAUGGAGAAGACACCAAGUUACUUUGUGACAAAUGAGGCCCCCAAGCGCAUCCACUCCAUGGCCAAGGACAUCAAACUCAUCGUGGUGGUGAGAAACCCCGUGACCAGGGCCAUCUCCGAUUACACCCAGACACUGUCAAAGAAACCCGAGAUCCCCACCUUCGAGGUGCUGGCCUUCAAAAAUCGGACCCUAGGGCUGAUCGAUGCCUCCUGGAGUGCCAUUCGAAUAGGGAUCUAUGCUCUGCAUCUGGAAAACUGGCUCCAGUAUUUCCCCCUCUCUCAGAUCCUCUUUGUCAGCGGUGAGCGACUCAUAGUGGACCCCGCCGGGGAAAUGGCCAAAGUACAGGACUUUCUAGGCCUCAAGCGUGUUGUGACUGAGAAGCAUUUCUAUUUCAACAAAACCAAGGGGUUCCCUUGCCUAAAGAAGCCAGAAGACAGCAGCGCCCCCAGGUGCUUAGGCAAGAGCAAAGGUCGGACUCAUCCCCGCAUCGACCCCGAUGUGAUCCACAGACUGCGGAAAUUCUACAAACCCUUCAACAUGAUGUUUUACCAAAUGACUGGUCAAAAUUUCCAGUGGGAACAGGAAGAGGGUGACAAAUGA